CACUUGACGUCCACGCUACAAACCUCAGCCACCACUACCCAGAAUCCUUAUUUCAACAUCUCAAUCGCAUACCUACUCUAUUCUUCCAUCCAAGUCCAGAAUGUCCUACAGACGCAAGAAGAGCCUCCUCAUCGGCAUCAAUUAUGUCGGCAGCAGCCACGAACUACGCGGCUGCCAUUCCGAUGUAGACAACAUGGCGGAAUUCCUCUCCUACCGGGGCUACACCAACUCACACAAAGACCGAGUCAUCCUGACCGACAGACCAGAAGUACCCUACGACUCACCCUACUACCCCACCGGUCACAACCUACUCGCAGCCAUGGACUGGCUCGUCUCGGAACCUGGUUGCACCUUGUUCCUACACUACUCCGGACAUGGCGGCCAGAUUGCAGAUGUAGAUGGAAACAGGACUACGGGAAUGGAUGCAUCGAUCGUGCCUGUGGAUUUCGAACAGCGGGGCCAGAUUUCCAGUACGAUCUUACAUGAACAUCUCGUUACAUAUAUGGCGCGGGAUUGUACGCUGUUUGUCGUCAUGGACUGCUGUCAUUCCGGCAGCGCGCUCGAACUACCUUAUGUUUACCGCUCUGAUAGCGAUGGGCAGAUCAGUUUGAUGGAUAACCUGAAAGCUGGGCUUACGCUCGCCAAUGAGGCACGCGAUAUCAUCUCCGGCGGCUUUUCGUACAGCAAAGUAGGGGAGGCGAGGGAGUUGCUUGCGGGUGCGAGUACUUUCUUCAAAGGAUUGAAGCAUUUUGGAGAAGAAGAGGAGGAGGGUUUAGAGAGCGGGGAGUUCGCGGGCCAGUAUGGGAGUGAGCAGAAGAUGGUGACGAUGUUUAGUGGGUGUAGGGACGAUCAGACAAGUGCGGAUGCGCGGAUUGAAGGAGAACCGACUGGUGCUAUGACGUGGUCGUUCUUGGAGAUGAUGAAGAACGAUCAGACUCCAACUUACGCUGAGACACUCAAGUUCAUAAGGAAAACGUUGGACGAGAGCAACUACAAGCAAAUUCCGCAGCUGAGUUCAGGAUUGGAUAUUGAUCUGGAUGAUAUGCAUCUGGUAAUCUGAUUGUAUAAUGCGUCCUGAGAUGGCAAAUUCACAGACUCCAGCUAUCAUGUGUAGAGAGGGAGCUCAUACUUUCUGUAUCGCCAGCAAAGUCCGUCAUCGAAUCAAUGACGCUCCGUGUAAAGAGCCUUUCUAAUGAACUGAGACUGAGAUGCUGCUUCACAUGCAUCUCCAAUCUUUAAUUAAGUGUUGAGAAAAGCACUUAAAUUUAUCUGCCCUAUCAACUGUCGAGAGGUCGCAUGUGUGCUCGAGCUGUUAUGUUGUCUUGCUUUAUAGCAAAUACACCAUCAGAAUGAACACUUUCAACACAACAACGCAACUGAAAUAGUCAGUUCAAUACAGGAAGACAAAUUUUCGCUCGUAAUCGGGAUGCCUGCUCAUGAAGGUUGC